AUGCACACUCUGCUGGAGCAACACAAUCUGAGCAGCGCACAGCUCGAGAGCAACGCACUGUUCGAGAGCAACACACAGCUCAAGAGCAAUGCACUGCUCGAGAACAACACACUGUUUGAGAGCAACGCACUCACAGCUGGAGCAACGCACUCACAGCUGCAGCAAUGCACUCACAGCUGGAGCAACGCACACUCUGCUGGAGCAACACAAUCUGAGCAGCGCACAGCUCGAGAGCAACGCACUGUUCGAGAGCAACGCACAGCUCAAGAGCAACACACAGCUCAAGAGCAACGCACAGCUGGAGCAACGCAAUCUGAGAAGCGCAAUCUCAUCAGCGAACUGCUGGACAGCGCACACUCUGUCGGAGCAGCACAAUUGAGAGCAGCGCAAUUGAGAGGAGCGCAAUCGAGAGGAGCGCAAUCACGAGCAGAGCAGGAGAGAGGAGCACAAUCGACAGUAGCGCAAGAGAGAGCAGAGCGAGAGAGAGGAGCGAGCACAAUCGAAAGGAGCUCAAUGGACAGGAGCUCAAUAGACAGGAGAGCAAUCGACAGGAGCUCACUUGAGAGCAGAGCAGGAGAGAGGAGCGCAAUCAACAGUAGCGCAAGAGAGAGCAGAGCGAGAGAGAGGAGCGCAAUUGAGAGGAGUGCAAUCAAGAGGAGAGCAACCGAGAGGAGCGCAAUCGGGAGCAGAGCAGCAGAGAGGAACGAAAUCAAGAGGAGCGCUCACUCUGCUGCAGCAGCGCAAUCGAGAGGAGCGCAAUCACGAGCAGAGCAGGAGAGAGGAGCACAAUCGACAGUAGCGCAAGAGAGAGCAGAGCGAGAGAGAGGAGCGCAAUUGAGAGGAGUGCAAUCGAGAGGAGAGCAACCGAGAGGAGCGCAAUCGGGAGCAGAGCAGCAGAGAGGAGCGCAAUCAAGAGGAGCGCUCACUCUGCUGCAGCAGCGCAAUCGAGAGGAGCGCAAUCACGAGCAGAGCAGGAGAGAGGAGCACAAUCGACACAGCGCAAUCGACAAGAGCUCGAUCGACAGGAGUUCAAUCAAGAGCAGCACAAUCGACAGAAGCUCAAUCAAGAGAAGAGCAAUCGGCAGGAGCUCUAUCGACAGGAGCGCAAUCGAAAGGAGUGCAAUCGACAGGAGCACAAUUGACAGGAGCACAAUCGACAGGAGCGCAAUCGACAGGAGCGCAAUCUACAGGAACGCAAUCGAGAGCAGAGCAGGAGAGAGGAGGUCUAUCGACAGGAGCGGAAUCGACAGGAGCACAAUCGAAAGGAGGGCAAUCUACAGGAACGCAAUCGAGAGCAGAGCAGGAGAGAGGAGGUCUAUCGACAGGAUCUCAAUCGACAGGAGCACAAUCAGGAGGAGUGCCAUUAAGAGGAGUGAAAUCGAGAGGAGCUCAAUCGAGAGCCGAGCAAGAGAGAGGAGCUCACUCGAGAGGAGCGCAAUCGACCGCAGAGCAAGAGAGAGGAACGCAAGAGAGAGGAGCACAAUCGACAGGAACUUUAUCGACAGGAGCUUUAUCAACAGGAGCUCAUUGGAGAGGAGCGCAAUUGACAGGAGCGCAAUCGAGUGA